AUGCGUGAAUUGAUUGAGAGAGCAAUCCACAGAAAGUCAGUUACUAUUCGGACGAAAACGAGUAAGAACCCGGAGAACGGCCACAAUCGGCUCAAGCGGUGGAUUAUGAUCGGCGAUCACCACCAGUUGCCGCCAGUCAUCAAAAACAUCACUUUCCAGAAGUUCUCGAAUAUGGAACAGUCGCUGUUCACCCGAUUCGUGCGAUUAGGCGUUCCCACCAUCGAUCUGGACGCUCAGGGGCGCGCCCGACCCUCCCUCUGCUCACUAUACAAGUGGCGGUACAAGAAUUUGGGCGAUUUGGCCCACGUGUCCGCUCUUCCCGAGUAUCAGUUCGCAAAUUCAGGCUUUCGUUUUGAUUACCAACUCAUAAACGUUGACGACUUCAAUGGUGUGGGAGAGUCAGAACCCGUGCCGUAUUUCUAUCAGAACUUGGCCGAAGCGGAGUACGUCGUGGCCACGUUUAUGUACAUGCGUUUACUCGGAUACCCGGCCGAACGCAUCACUAUUUUGACCACAUAUAACGGACAAAAGCAUUUGAUUCGUGAUGUCGUCAAACAGCGGUGCGCUUCCAAUCCAUUCAUUGGAUUCCCGCAGAAUACGCUGGUUCGGACCAAAACGGUUGGUCACAUACGGGAUGUGCGGCGACUGGUAGUCGCCCUCUCCAGAGCCCGUUUGGGACUCUAUGUCUUUUCGCGGGUCUCUCUCUUCCAAAACUGUUACGAACUCUCGAAUGCAUUCAAACUGUUAACACAGCGACCGCUUUAUCUUCAUAUCGUUCCCACCGAAGAAUAUCUAAAUAGUAUUCGAAAAGUGACCGAUUCUUUGCCCGACGACCAGACAGUGGUGAUCGAGAAUAUGUCACAAAUGGUUCAAUUCGUGUAUCAAUUUUAUCAGCAAAAAAUAGACGAAUGGAAAACACAUAAACCAGAAAUGUUUGAGAGAUUAGUUGACAGAACAGCCGAUUCGAGUGCCGCUGAAGCCAUGGAUGAGACCAAAGCCACCGCUGAGACAAUAGAUGAAGUGAUAACAGAAGACAAUAAAGACGAAGGCGAGGAGGAAGAAGAAGACGAAGAAAUGGCUUUUGAAAAGUUGACUGAAGACGACACCGGAAAAGAAGAUAUUGUUGUAGACUAA